UCGCAAAUCAGUCAACGCCGCCGCGGUGAAACGUCAAAACAAAAUUUUGGAGAUUUCGUUCGUUCCGCGUAAAUAGUUUAAACUUUUGCACUUGUUUAAAACCGUGGCAGACGGCCAUAAAUUACGCCUUGUGUUCCGUGUUCAAUGUGUCGCGUCGUUUGGAAUCCGGCCCCAGAAUGAAAGUCACGGUGAAAAGUUGGAUGGGAGUCGCCGUCUGGAAGUGGCUCGCCAACGAUGACAACUGCGGCAUCUGCCGGAUGGCGUUCGAGGGCUGCUGCCCGGAUUGCUCCCUGCCCGGGGACGACUGUCCGCUAGUUUGGGGCGCCUGCUCGCACUGCUUCCACAUGCACUGCAUCGUCAAGUGGCUCAACUCGCAGGCCAACCAGCAGUGCCCGAUGUGCCGCCAGACGUGGAAAUUCAACGACAAGUAGGCACGAUUCCAGGCAGGAAAAGGGGGGGUUUCUUCGGUGGACCAAGUUAAAGACAG